GCCUUCUUUCCUUUAUUUCAUUAGCUUAAUCGGUUCCUGAACAAAUUUGGAAAAUAUAUCUCUUGAUUUUAUUAGUGAAAUGUUCUCAAUAUUUUCUAUACAACACUGAACCACAAUUUUAUUAAUAAAAUGUACACACUAUGUUUAAUUAUCACCUUUUUUUUUUUUUUUUUUUUUUAUGAAAAUGACAAGAACCAACAGUUAAUGAUAAAAUAAAGAAUGUUUUCAAGCAUUAAGAACUGUGUGUGUGUGUGUGUGUGUGUGUGUGUGUGUGAACGAGGACGGUUAAAUGUUAUCAGGGGGAGGAUUCACACACCAGAUUUAUAGUUUGUGUUUUUGGUGGAUAGUUUUAUUAGGUCAGACUCUGAAGAAGAUGUUUCACAUGCUUGUUUUGUUCUGUUUGUGCUGGUGGAGUCUGAUUGGUGUGUUUGGUGAUUCAGUGUCAGUGAUGGAGGGAGAUUCUGUCACUUUAUACACCGAUCUUAUUGAAAUACAUGAAGAUGAAGACAUACUGUGGAAAUAUGGAGCUGAAAAGUCUCUGAUAGUUCAAAUCAACAGAGGCAACCAAAUCUCCUCCAUAUAUGAUGAUGUUCCUGAUGGGAGAUUCAGAGACAGACUGAAGCUGGACAAUCAAACUGGAUCUCUGACCAUCACAAACAUCACAACUGAACAUACUGGAGUUUAUGAACUGCACAUAAGUGGAGUAAAACGAUCAUCAAAAAUAUUCAGUGUUUCUGUCUAUGCUCGUCUGCCUGUUCCUGUCAUCAGCAUUAACUCUUCACAAUGUUCUUCAUCAUCAUCAAAUUGUUCAUUGGUGUGUUCAGCUGUGAAUGUGGGUCAUGUGACUCUCUCCUGGUACAAAGGAAACAGUUUAUUGUCCAGCAUCAGUGCGUCUGAUCUCAGCAUCAGUCUCUCUCUACCUCUGGAGGUGGAAUAUCAGGAUAAAAACACCUACAGCUGUGUGCUGAACAAUCCCAUCAGCAACCAGACUCAACAUCUGGACAUCACUCACCUCUGUCACACAUGUGCAGAUCAAGGUCUACCUUUAUUGUACAUAGUGCUGAUCUCUGCUGCCGCUGGACCGCUGUUGAUUGUAGCUGUGGUUGGGAUGUUCUGGAUCUGCAAGAAAUGUAGAAAAACAGUCGAAACCCAGGAGGAAGUCAGAACUGAUUCAACAAUGCGUAAAACCACACGGAAAAUGGUAAGAUGUUGCAAGAAGUUGUUGCAGUCAGUUAGUGUGAAGUUUGCAGCAUCAGACGUGGGUGGUUUAUCAACUCCGCUGUCAUUAUUAUUACUGCGGUUUAUCAGUAUUCUGAGCUGAAAUGUAGUAUUAGCAUCCGCUGGUUUCUUUGUAGAUGUACUGCAAAAGUCUCUUUGCUGUUGCUUUUGUGUGAAAGACAGUUAUUCUCAGAGCAGAGGCUGUCAAGAUGAAACUUCAGAAAUUAAAUACACUGUUUGAUGAUUUAAAUGAUUUCACUGCUCUGGGUGUGUGUUCACGGUGUGUGUGUGUGUGUACUUGGAUGGGUUAAAUGCAGAGCACAAAUUGCAUGUAUGGGACACCAUACUUGGCCACAAAUCACGUCACUUUCACUUUCACUUUUUUUUUUUUUUUUUUUUUUUUUUUUUACAACUGUUUAAAAAGCCAUGAUUGAGGUAAUUUCCUCCAUGUUAUCUUAUCAUCUGUCCUGUACAGUAGUUUUCAAAACAAAACACAUUUGUCAGUAUAUGUAGAUUAAGAUUUGAACUAAUAAGGUCUCAUUAAUAAAAGAAUAACAAGGUUAUUCAGACAGAAACACCUUCUGUUAAUUUUCUGUCAAUUCAGCAGGUUCCUGAUUGAGUGUAUUUUUCCUUUCAGAAAUCAAAGAUGGAGCCUGUGUACGAAAAUGUCUCCAAAAAACGAUGAUCAAACAUUGUAUCUAUACUGGAAUUUUUGUUAGAGAUUAUAAAAGAUAACACCUCACACUUUUGGUUUUAUUCACAUUUAUUCUGUGCCAGGAUGUCUACUGUAUAUUUUGUUUUCACUCUUUGUAUCAUAUCUUUCAGUGUUAUUGCGAUGUCUGAAAUUGUGUUUUAAUUUAGUGGUUUAACAUUAUAAUAGCAUACAAAAACUCAACUAAAAUGUUAUAUUUUUGGUUUAUCAUUUAAUUCAUGACGUGGAGGCAAAAAACUUAUGCAAAACGCAUUAAAAUCAUUUAAUGCAGAGCUAGCCGUGGAUUAUCCCGCUUAUACCAUUAAAGGGGACCUAUUAUGCCUCUUUUCACAAUUUGUAAUAUAAGUCUCUGGUGUCCCCAGAAUGUGUCAGAAUGUGUGAGUUUCAGCUCAAAAUACCCCACAGAUCAUUUAUUAUCAAAUUUGCCCCUAUUUGAGUGUGAGCAAAAACACAUCAUUUUUGUGUGUGUCCCUUUGAGCUUUAACAGCUCACGCUUUGCAAACUCAGGCCUUCAGCCUUACAUUGUUCAAACCGGAGUCGGACACUGAUGGAGAGACUCAGGAAGAAGUUACAACUUUUAGAAUUCAUCUGGACGUUUCUGAAUGGUUAGUGGAUAAAUUUAUGUAGUUGUUGUGGAGUUGAUUCAACCCAUUGACUAGCAUGUGCCGUCAUGUUAAUUUUUUGUGUGCAAAUCCAGCGUUGAACUGACCUUUGUUGAUGAAGCAGUCCAGCGUAAAAUUAUUUAUAUCUCCAGCUGCUACAGUGAGGAAACAGAAAUGGCGGACUGCUCACUCAGGGGUGCGUUUCCCGAAAGCAUCGUUAGUCAACUAUGGUCGUAAGUCUCAUUGAACUCUAUUGGUAAUGACGGAACUUGCGACCUUAGUUCGCUUCGGGAAACACACCCCAGGGCUGUGUCUAUGCUAAUAGGGCAGAUCAUGGGCAGGGUUUCCCUACUCUUACGAAAGAGUAGGGGGAAAUCUGGAACAGCGCAUUUGGAGAGACUGUUUAUGAUUUAUGGGGAUAUCUUAAAAGGAGUGAGUGGAUGUUUACCAUUAUAGGCUGGUUGUUUACACACACUGUGGACAGUUGGUGUUCAAACAUCUUAUAAAAGUGAAUUUUACAGAAUAUGUCUCCUUUAAUGUUUGCAGUGCAAUAUUUGACUGGAAAGGUAAAAAUGACAGAUAUUUUGGUCAGUUACGUCUCGUUAGAUCUAGCAUUCUGCCCGCUUUGAAUCAGACACAGAGAUAAAGUGGUGCACAGUGAUUGCAUUUAUUUGAAUGAAUUAUAGCAUUUAUUUGAAUUCGUUACUGAGAGAGAGAUGAGAUGAGAGACGUGUACCUGCGUAAAUUUUUUUGAGAUGUGAACAUAUGUACAGGCUGCACAUCACUUAAAACACUAAAAGCAAAAAGGUUGUUUUUGCACUUUUCUGAGCAUUUUCAUUCUUCCGUGUUGAAAAGCAAAGUCGAAGCAAUGUCACAGAAUCUGACUUAGAAGUGUGCCUCCGGAGUGUGCGAUUAGCUGCUGAGGCUGGAGAUCCGGUUCUGAGAGCUUCUCUGCAUUUAUUCAUGAGAGUGAACUCUUUCAACCCAAUCAGUAAGCUGUAUUAUGCAUGAGAUCGCAUUACAGCGGAGAAUUCAAACAACAACAACAAUUUAACAAUGCUCGCAACACGGAUCAAAGAUCAUAUACGGAGUGGAGUAAGCAAUGUUUCUAAUUUUGAAUGACAUAUUUCACAUACUCUAUAGUACAUGAACCAGCACCAUGUAUGCUCACAUUUUUAAUCAAGUCUUCAAAUUAAAUAUAUGUGCAAAUAAGGACACUGAUACUGAUACAGUCGUAUGUCUGAUCAUGAACACGAUGACAUGAGGAAUUAUUCUGAUACACAGAAGACAAUGAUGUAGACCGAAAAUUCAAAGAACAAUGGACAAAACACAAACAAACAAACAAAAAAAACUAUAGCCCUAUACGGACGGGACUAUACGGGGACGUUAGAGAAAUUUGUGUUUCACAGACGUACUUUAAGAUUUUUAUCCCGUUUGAAUCUGCCAUGUCUGUUUUUCUCUCACAGCCUAAAAAUAUUAAAAAAAAAAAAUACUUGAAAUAUUUGAGUACACUAAUUCAUAAAUUUAACUUAAAAUUAUCUUGUAACAGUAGUAAUUACCAGGGGGUAUAUGACAAAAUGAUGGUGACCUUUGACAUUUGCCCCUCCCCCACCGGACAACCAACGUUGUGACCUCCCACGACCUUGACCACCUACAUUGCGUUGACCUUUGACAUUGGGUUAUCCUCUGGGAGCAAUAUGGCCAGUGACCUUAUAAUAUUUUGAAUACCAGUGUUGGCCGUUGGCCCUUUGGGUGUCUUCUGGGUGAAUAAAUUGAAGAUGGAUCUUUUUAAAGGGUCAAGUUUGUUUAUGAAAUCUUGAGGGUCACAUGGGCGGAGUACAUGUUGCUGGCAUCCGCAUUCCAUGUCAUGCCUAUAGAGCUCCAGGCAUUCUGCAGAAACAGAAAAGAGCUGUGAAAACAUGGCUGGUUUAUACUCACCUAAAAUCCAUCAGACAGAAUGGGAUGAAGAGAUGAUGGAAAGUCUGACUUUGGCUCAGUGUCUGGAACUCGUGUCUGGAAAGAUCUAAAUGACUGCAGAGAAGAACCUUUGUACAUCGCAGAGUGGGACGGGAUAACUUUGAAUGUCCGCUACCGAGUGGUCGGUGAUCAUUCUAAAAAAGAAGCAGGAAGAGUGCAUUUACAUAUUGUGCUGCAAAGACAAGACAAAGCUCUGCGAUCCUCCAUAAUGAACAUCAUGACAUGUACGAGAUGCAAUUUUUUGUUCAAGUGGAGCGAUUUGGUUCUGCUGAGAUCCCUUUUCUCAAUCAUAAACAAAAUGUUAUUAUUAUCAUUAUUAAUAAAAAUGUUACAAGGCGCAAUCACUGAUCAUUUAAACAGCAGUUAUGAGAAACAUCCUCCCAAUUUAGUAGUCAAAUGCAUUAUGAAAUGCAGAGCUUUCCCUGCCACGCUCCCCAUAUACACUUUAAAUUAUAGGCUAUACAUUAGCAUUUAUAUGUUAUUAAUGUGCAAAUAUGUAAGAACUUUAUGUUUAUGAAGCCCCCACACUCCAUUCAAAUGUCACAUGCAUACGUUUACAACAGACAGAUUUUACGUACAAAUAUACAGGCCUACAUAUUUUCUUGAGAUCACGUUGGACAAACAUACACAAAUCUCAUAAUGAACAUCAUAAAACCACAUCCUGAUUCAUACACUGUGCAUUCAUACAACAGAGAUCAUUGCACAUUUUCACAGAACUUUAAGUUACAGUUUUGGAAAAUGUCUUUGUUACAAAUAUUCAGUCGUGUUUGUUCUUAGUUUCGUUUUCAUGGACUUUUAGUUUGUUUUUAUCAGUCAAAUGUGUUUCUUUGUUUGAAUUUUCCCGCCACUCUUUAGUUAUCUUAGUUACUGAUACGAUUAGUUCAUUGUUUUCUGCUGUGUAUCAUUAAUUUACCUUGUUUGUGUCCAUUCUUAAGUUCAUACUUUUCCUGUGUUCAGUGUCUGGUCUCAUCUGAGAAAGUGUUUGCAUUCUACAUUCUGUUACUGUGGCAUUUUGAAUUAUUAUUAAAACACUGUUCUUGAACAAUUUUUCAUGUGUUUGUGCAACACCAACAUGACAGUCUUAAAGUUAUAACAACAAGUCAGUGGAAUAAAAGAUUAAGUGCCUUUCCUUUUUGCACAUUGGGUGUAAAAUUCACACAAUCUGUUAUUUACCACAGCUGAAAGUUUGUCAUCGUCUCUCAUUAUUCAGAUACAGUAUUCAGUUAUUUUACAAAAAAAAAUUCAGAAAAAUGUGUAAAAUAUUUGAAAACUGUUGUCACGUGUACAUUCUGUUUUUGUUUCAUUCUAGUUCCUGUUUCCUUAUUUGUUCUCAUUUACCUGCCACUGGUUUGUUUCUAUGUUCUCCUGUGCGUAUCUUAUAAUAAUUGUUUACAACUCCGUUCAUCAUGCCUCAGCGUACAUAUAAAGGGUCUGUUGACAAAAUUUCACCUGUAAUAUAUCACCAGUGGAAGCCAAGUACAAGAGUGUAAAAAUGUUUUUGUGUUUUCCACUAAUGUGAUAUAAAAGUAUCAAUUUCUAAAACAAAAUUAAAAUUAAAAUAACUUCAUGUUAAA